AUGAAGAUCCGGUAUAAGGCUCCAUCAGGGGGGGGGACGGUAGAGCUUGACGACGAGGCGACUGUUGGCCAGCUUCUCGAAUCCAUCAAGGUGAUCACAGGCUGCGCCGACUUUGUAGUCAAAUACGGCUGGCCACCGAAGGCGCUCGAGAGUAGCGAACCCCAUGUGUCUCUGCGGCGGAUUGGUCUCGAACGCGAGAGCCUUACGAUCGUGCCUAUCGCAGAGCCCUCGACCGUGGUCGAAAAAAGCGCGCAGCCUAUACAAGGAGCCGCUGUAACUGUUCCUCCCUCUGGUGGUGGACCAUCGCGGUACAAGGACGCCCGAGGCAUUGGGGACGAGAACAUCAGUGUUUAUAUGCCCGAGACGAACUCACACCUAGUGCUCCGUGUCAUGCCUGAUGAUAACAACUGCCUAUUCACGGCAGUCGGCGGGGCCCUCCGCGGCCUUCCCACGGUGCCGAGCAGUGAGAUCACUCCCGAAUGGCUCCGCCGCGUGGUUGUCGACUAUAUUCUUAAGAAUCCGGAUAAAUACAACGCUGUAGUCCUCGAGAAGAGUCCGGAACAGUACUGUACUCUUAUGCUGCAACCCGGCACGUGGGGCGGCGACAUCGAGCUCGGUAUAAUUUCAAAGAUUUUUGAGCUGGAGAUCUCCAUCGUGGAUGUUCAGCGGGGCAAUGUCUACCGCAUCGGCGAAGACCAGUAUGAUUUGCGCUGCGUUCUUGUGUAUUCCAACAUCCACUACGACCGCGUCGCUGAAAUCUUCCUCGAAGGUCAGGCGGCCAUGGACUUCGAUGUCAACCGUUGGAAUGUCAUAAAUAGUGACCAUGUUAUCGCACACACAAGGGAGUUGUGUAAGAAGUUACGGGAUGAGUAUCAUUAUUUCACCGAUACCACGGGCAUGGUUGUUAUAUGUAACGAAUGUAAAUGGAUUGGACAGGGCGAGAAGGCUAUCGCUGAACAUUCUCGUCGGACGGGACAUUCUUCUAUUAGCGAAAUCGCGGAUAAGUGA